GAGGGAAGUUUGUGCGCAUAUCGACAGACACCGAAAACUCCAACUAUAAUGAUAGAAGCAGCGGAAAUGGACGAUAUCAUUGCCGGAAUUAAGAAUGCAACCCUGGAACGAUGUCCCGAACGGGCUCUGCCGCUUCUGAAAAAGAUUUCAGACGCUGAAACGAAUCUUUGUGAUAAGUACGACAUCAAAAACGAUCUUCUGGAACUGCUACGGGUAGAGGACAGCAAGGUGCACAUUCAGGUUGCCCGGUGCAUUGCAGAAGUGGCCAAAACUGACAAUCAACGUGCAAAGUUUUCCCACCAAGACGUGAUUCGACGGCUAACGGAUUUGCUGUGCGUACCAAGCUCAAAGGAAAACUCGGCGGACGUCGUCGCUCUUGAGCUAUGUACGCAGCUGGCCCGAGCGUUGGGGAACAUUUGCUAUGCGAAUGACGAUGCGCGGAACAUCAUAAAGGAGCUCGGUGCCGACGAGCGCAUUUUCGCGCUGCUCGACUACGAUAUAGACACGGACGACGAAGACCGAGAGCAGUUCGUGCGUGUUCGCUGUGGUCUGAUCUCGAACUACCUCCUGGGCAGCGACGACUUAGCAGAGCGAGCAAUCGAACUGAAAGUGAUCGAAAAGCUAGAGUGCAUCCUGACCCGAUGCUUGGUCGAUGUGGACAAGCACGAGGAACUGUUGCUCGGCCUGUUACCUCCGUUGAGUAUACUCACCGAGCAGAUUAGUGACCUGUGCUUUCCAGUCUCUCUAAAUCGCACCAUCGCGAAAUUAUUGGCCAAGUGUACCAACCCGGACAUUGCCGAAUCCUGUUUGGCUCUCCUGCACUACGAGGCGCAAAACGACGAU